AUGGCUGAGUUUAGAUAAGGAAAUAAUCAAGUUUUUAUUGCUACUGAUUUUUGGGAAAGAGGUAUUAUUAUUAAAAAUAACAAUAAGGUCUUGAUGUUUAAUAAGUCUACUUACUUAUCAAUUGCGAUUUACCAAAUUCAAGAAAAUGUUAUUUCCAUAGAAUAAAUAGAUCAGGAAGGUUUGGAGGAAGAGCUUUGCCAAUAAUUUUGUUAAAUAAUUAGAUUUUAGACUUUUAAGAGAUAUUAAAUAACAUUAUUCUAUCUAAAUUGAUGAGAUGCCUAUGA